GGACAACAAGAUGGCGGAAUAGCGAGCAAGAGAUAGGAGAGACCAGGCGGGCGGCGAACGGAUUCCUUUAUUUUUCUCACAAAUUACCCAAGAUGGCGAGCGUGGAGAGACUUUACACUUUGUACAAUGCAAUAGACGACGCCAAAGACAAAGCAGGAGAGCAUGAGGCAGAGUUCUUGGAGAUCUUGAGUGGGGUGAAGGGAGGGCCGGGGGAGAGGCGCCUCACAUCCCAGUUUAUCGCAAGGUUCUUCCGGCACUUCCCCAACCUCCAGGAGCAGGCACUCAACUGUCUCUUUGACCUGUGUGAGGAUGAAGAUGUGGCGAUUCGCAAGCAGGCCAUCAAGGACCUUCCCACAUUGUGCAAGGGCAGAACAGAGCUGGUGCCCAAGGUGGCAGACAUUCUGGCACAGCUGCAGCAGGUGGAGGACCAGGUGGAGCUGUCAACAGUACACAACUCCCUGGUCACUCUCCUCAAGACUGAUGCUAAAGGUGCCUUGACGGGGCUGUUCUACCAGAUCCAGCACAGUGAGGACGAGUUGGUGAGGGAACGCUGCAUCCGUUUUGUGCAUGCCAAGCUGCGUUCUCUUGGCACGGCAGUCUUCACGCCUCAGGUGGAGACGCUGAUUCUCGGCGAGGCAAAGAAGGUGCUACAGGCGGCGUCCUCAGAAGAUGAGUUCUCCCUAAUGAUGGGAAUCCUGCGGGACCUCAAGACAUGCCAGUCCGUGAAGGGAUACCAGCAGCUAGUGGACCUGGUGACUGAACAGGUGGAUCUGACCCGACCUCUUGACCCGGCUGACUUGGAGAGUGUGCAGCGCCUUAUUUCCUGCGUCAAGCAAGCCCUCCCUUACUUCUCAUCUCAGGUGCGGUCAACAGUGUACGUGGAGUACCUGUGGAAAGAGGUGCUGCCAGUCCUGGACCAGAUAGAAACCACACUGUCGGAGGGCGGCUCACAGGGGACACCAAUCCUCGAUGUGCUCAAGAUUGUUGCUGAACUAAUUCCUCAUGCUGGGAACCUGGAGGACGUGCCUGGAAAGGUGCUGGUGAUCUUCUUCAAGCUCCUGGAAGUGAUGCCCCUGCCACCUGAAGGAGAUGCAGCUACAGAGGCUCUGGAGGGAGGAGUGAGUCUUGAGUUCUCCCGGGUGGAGUGCUUGUUGUUCACCUUCCACCAGCUGGCCAGACAGCAGCCAGAGUUCCUGAAUGAUGACCCAGACAGACUCAAGGACUUCAGGAUCAGGCUGCAGUACUUUGCCAGGGUUUCACAAGCAUACCAGAAACGGCUGAGAGAAGCUCUUGCUAACAAGACCGGGGAGGAACUGAAGACAGAGGAGAACAAGAUCAAACUCAUUGCCCUCAGGACCACUGCCAAUAUCAACGUGCUCAUCAAGGACCUCUUCCAUCAGCCGCCCUCAUAUAAGGCAAACAUCUCACUGUCAUGGAAGCCGACCACAUCAGGCGGCAAAGCUGUAACGAAUGGUACAGAGAAGCGUCACCCGCCCAUCACCUUUGAGUCCAGCCCCAACAAGAGCCAGAAGGUGGAGCGCCAGAUUUACGCACCGCCCAGGGACAAGUACAGCCAGCGUGCAGGACAGUACUCUGGAGGAGGAAACUUCCGUGGGAGAGGGCGUGGGCGAGGCCGUGGCUUUGGCUACAUUCCUGGCCGAGGCUCAUCAUACAGGGGCGGCUUCAGGGGACGGCGGGGAGGCUUCCGAGGCUACUGAGUGACCUGGACCUGCUGUGUGACCCUCUGUUGACCUGACCUGACCUGAGGCAAUAAUCACAGGGAGCAGUGUCGGUAAACUGGAGUGUGGAGUGUGUUGGACGGAAUUAUUGUAAGAGGAGAGUGAGUGGGGAGUGCUGGGAAUGACGUGAUAUACUGUGGUGUGUGAUGAGGCAGUAUGGCGUUAUGGUGUUGGUUAGCCCGGUACUCCUCUGAAGGUAUCACUUUAAGACUUCAUCCCUCUUCUCUCCUCGGAUCAUGGAAAAGCCCACUGGUUUUUUUUUACAUUUUCUACUCCUCUUGAUGCUUGCAAGUUCACGGUUACUGUUUUUUAGUGUUGGUGUAACAUAAGGUACACUCCAUCAGAUAUUUACAAGAAUAUUUAAAUUAUUAUUUUUUUCACAAUUAAGGCUGCUAUCCGUGUGCAUCAGGAUGCACAGGAGUUAGAUUUUUAUGCAGUGUUUCUUAUAAUGUCAUGAAAAAAACACAUUUUUAAAUGCUCUCCAACAGACAGUUAUGUUAAGAAUGAUUAAGCUUUUUUUUUCUUUUUUUAGCAUUUUACUCCAAAAAAAAAGACAAUCUAUGCCAACUUUUCUCAAACACAACAAAAGCAGAAUUACUCUAUCCUUUCCUUGACAAUUUCACUCUAAACUAAGACUAACCUUGCUCACUCUACAUAACACUCUUAGAGAAUAUUGGGAUACCUUAAUGCAAUACAAAUUUACUCUAAAAAAAAAACAAUGUAUUAGAUGUUGUGGGUAAUGUGGAAUCUUUAUUUUUUUCUGAAUAGUGUGAUUUGCAGAGGAGUUGUCUUGAAUAAGUGUUGGGAGGGAGGUAAGACUUCUCUCAUCUACUGGAACAAGUGACUGCCUUCUUGAAACAUGUACAAAAAUAUCAAAAAUUAUGACCGAUUAGAAGAAUUAUACAUAGCAAAGAAGCCGUCAGUGAUUACAUACAUCAAAGGGACCAUUAACAGAGACUAACACUAACUGGUGUCUUGUAAAUACACACACACAUUGCUGUAUUUCUUAAUCUUAAAUGGUUUACUAAUGAAUAGAGUGGUGGCCCCGAGUAGUGAUGUUCCCUGAGAACUGUCGCAUAGAGAGGAAGACUUGUGAUAGCUUAGUAACAUUUCAAGUUGAUCCAGAUUUACUAGACUGCACUUGAGAAAACGUAGAUGAUUCUUUCUUAGUGAGUAAGCAGCAAGUUCAGCUUCUUUUGAUGUUUUGUAUCUGCAGUUUGUGGUUAUGAGGCCGCCAGUGUUUUUAUUCGUUGUUUGCAAGUAUUUGUUGUUUAUUGUGUAACCCUCAAGCUUUUGCCUCAAGUAGGAAGCUAAGGAUAAGAAAAAGAAAUCCUCCUUGAAAAUGAUACUAAAGGACACAACAUUUAAGAACUCUAUUAAGAACAAGGCAACCAGCAAGACAUCCUGCAAGAGUGAUAAAAGGAUUCCCAACCAUCCCAUCAUGCUUCUCUUCCUCCUCCUCCUCCUACCACCACCACCACCACUACUACUGCUACUACUACUCCCUCGAUGCAAGAAGACCUCCAACAAGGCAGCAAGGGUACCACCACCACCACCACCUCCUCCACCCCCACAUGGGCAGAACCAAGUUAGACACCUGUACCUCAACCUUCAGUGCAAAAUCACACCCAGUACACACAAGACAAGAAACAGUAGCUCAUUUUUAUUGACACUUCUUUUUCCAGGUGGUGUGAGGGAUGCAGAGCUGAUCUCCAUCAUUGAGUGAUUAGUGUUUCUUUAGUUUCAGAGCAAGACAAGCUGGUGUGGUGUGGCAAGGCUGAGCUGCUUGGUAAGACACCCUUCCAUUACUCUUGUAGGAAUAAUGACUUUGUAUUGCCUUUCCCAUGUACUUAAAUCUGUGUGAAGACUCAAGGAUUAACUAAUGUCUUAAUCUCUCCAACAUGUGCAGCUUGCAGUGUGAGGCUGUUGGUAAGUGGAUCUGUAUGUACAAACUGUCUCCUGUUUACUGCUGAUGCCUUUGGUUUUCAGCUUCUCUUAUCUGCCAAUGUAGUAGAGCAUGCAGCAUUCAGAUAUAUGCACUUGUUGCUUUCAUAUCUGCUUGAAACCCAUGUAUGCAUUUCUCUUGGAUUUCUGUAGGACUCUUAACUGGGUUAUUCUAGGCUCUAAACUUUGGAUUUUUUAAGGGAUUUUAGACUGAAAGUAAGGGGGAUUCUACAUUUUUUCAGAGAUUGAAUUGUUUCUGUGGCUGUAAAUAUUUUAAUGGGCUGCAGACAAUGUUUUGAGGGAUUCUAGAUAUUUCUACUCCGGAUUUUUUCUUUUUCUUUCUCUUUUUGAAGGUGUCUGUUCUUGUGGUUCUAGAGUAUUUUUGUGUGAAGUUAAGGUUUUUCUGGUGGACUCUAGUAGACAGUACAAUUCAAAGUAUUUAAAUCCUGGCCUGUGUUCCUAGUUCAGUCUUCAUUGUCAUAGUCUUCCAUACUUUCUUGCCUCUUAGUUCACAGGCUCAUGACAGUAACACAAUCACACACAUCCUCUAUUGCCAAUCUCCUCAGUCCCUUGAGGUUAGGUUAGCUUUAAUAUCCUCCUUCCUCUCACUCUCAUUCCUCAUACAUUACUGUCUUUCUCUUAGCUCUAAUCUCUCUCUCUCUCUCUCUCUCUCUCUCUCUCUCUCUCUCUCUCUCUCUCUCUCUCUCUCUCUCUCUCUCUCUCU